AUGGCCUGGGGCAAUGAGUCAGUCGUAACUGAAUUCCUACUAAAGGGUCUCUCCAGUUCUUGGGAACUCCAGAUCUUCUAUUUCCUGUUUUUCUCCAUAGUCUAUGCAGCCACAGUGCUGGGAAACCUCCUUAUUGUGCUCACCAUCAUAUCAGAGCCACGCCUUCAUGCCCCCAUGUACUUCUUACUGGGCAAUCUAUCCUUCAUUGACAUGUCUCUUGCCUCCUUUGCCACACCCAAAAUGAUUGCCGACUUCCUCAGUGAGCACAAAACCAUCUCUUUUGAAGGCUGCAUCACCCAGAUAUUCUUCCUUCAUCUCUUAGGAGGUGCUGAGAUUGUACUGCUGAUCUCCAUGUCCUUUGACAGGUACGUUGCCAUAUGUAAACCACUACGUUACUUAACCAUCAUGAGCCGGAGAAUGUGUGUUGGGCUUGUGGUACUUUCCUGGAUAGUUGGUACCUUCCAUGCUUUGAGUCAGUUAGCAUUUACUGUGAAUUUGCCCUUCUGUGGACCCAAUGAAGUGGACAGUUUCUUUUGUGACCUCCCCUUGGUUAUUAAACUCGCCUGUGUGGACACCUACAUUCUGGGGGUGUUCAUGAUCUCAACCAGUGGCAUGAUUGCCCUAGUGUGCUUCAUCCUCUUGGUGAUCUCCUACACUGUCAUCCUGGUCACUGUUCGGCAGCGUUCUUCUGGUGGCUCCUCCAAAGCCCUCUCCACAUGCAGUGCCCACUUCACGGUUGUGACCCUUUUCUUUGGCCCAUGUAUUUUCAUCUAUGUGUGGCCUUUCACAAAUUUCCCAAUAGACAAAGUGCUCUCAGUAUUCUAUACCAUUUUCACUCCGCUCUUGAAUCCAGUGAUCUAUACUUUUAGAAAUAAAGAUGUCAAGGAUUCCAUGAGGAAAGUAAGUAGCCGAAUCUUUCAGUCUAGGAGGACUGACCAUACCCCUUGA